AUCCACACCACACUCUCUUGCUCGCCGCCUGCUCAGACAAACCACUCGCACGAUAUACCUUCGCCCGCCGAAUCCGACAAUGUCCGAGUCCAAAGUUAUCUCUGUCGAGGAUCUCGCCACUUCGGAAGCAAAGUGGGUCAAACUCAAGAAGUGCACCUACACAGAUCCGACGGGCAAAGAGCGCCCUUGGGAGUUCGCGGAACGACCGACGCGGGCCUCCUCCGGCAUUGACGCUGUCGCCAUCCUCGCGCUUCUCCGCUCUGAAUCAAAUGCAUUUCCGCCCUCAACUAUCAUCAUCGAGCAAUUCCGGCCUCCCGUUGGUCACUACGUCAUAGAACUCCCAGCAGGUCUCAUUGGCGAGGGAGAAACGCCCGAAGACGCAGCUAUUCGGGAACUCGAGGAAGAGACUGGCUUCCAGGCCGGUGGCGUAGUCGAGACUUCGCCGCUGCUGGUCUGCGACCCUGGGAUGACAAACGCGAACAUGAAGCUUAUAACGGUUGACGUGCCCUUCUCUGACAAGCUUGAAAUACCCGCACAGAAGUUGGACCCUGGAGAGUUCAUCACCGUGCGCAUAGUAGAGCUCGCGAAGUUGCGCGCCGAGUUCAAAGAGUACGAGAAGAAGGGCUUUGUGAUCGAUGCUAGGCUCGACCACCUUGCGUCAGGUUUCGAACUCGCCGAGAAGCUCAGGCGAUAGACAUCGUAAGAUUCAUGCACUACGGACAAGCAGCCAGCGGGUGUAUCAUCACAACAUGUACGUAUAGGUAUGUAUACCAGAGGAUUGCAGACAUCAAGAUGCGCCCCGUGCCGAUGAUAGAUGUAAGACCAUAAGCGCGUCUUUUUCAAGGACGCUUGUACUGUAUGGAGCGAGCAUUUGGGGUCGGCGACACCAUCCC